AUGGAUUUCACAAACAUCUUCCGUCUUGUCAACAUCGCCGUGGGUGUGUUUAUGGUGCUCGGUGGCAUCAGUAACUUCUUCACCGGCACCUGGAGUUCAUUCAUCCUGGGUGCAUAUGCAGUUGUUUUCGGUCUCGGUAGUCGUUGGAGGACUGGAGUUCCUCCCCACGUCCCGGACUACGCGUACCGUUAUGCGUCGUUCCUCUUUUCCUUCCUCGGCCGUGGUGUCUUCUACAUCUUCAUCGGUUCCAUUCUGCUGCACGACCACGUGCUGCGCAUCAUUGACGGUUCGCUGAUCGCCUUCAUCGGUCUUGCAUACAUCGCCCUCGAGUUCAUUCCCUCUAUCGAGCCUCCUUCGAACAUGCGCGAAUCUGACCAGGGCUGGGGUGCCGAGCAGAUCUAA